AUGACAAUACAAUCAAAGUAUUCAUCUAUUGGAAUAUUGAUUUUAAAACAAUGCCUAAUUGUAUUUGUUUUAGUUUUUUCUGUAGUUGAGCUACAUGACAAACCUCAGCAAAACUUAA